UCGAGCCACACACGCCUCACUAAAUAAACCAAAAUAAAAUUCGUGCGGGAGGGUCCCGAAGCCUCGACUUAGUACGCCCAUUAGUCCAUUACGCAAGUUAUCCAACAUUCAUGAAGUCUCCGUUUCCAGAUCAACUCGUGCUAGUUGAAGCCUCUCGAAUUAGCACAGCUCAGCUUGCUAGCGGCAGACGACGCGACGCGUUUGUCAGCAAGUCGUCGCUCAGCGGAGAUCAAGUGCGAGUUUUCACAAGUCUCGUGGCUCUCCUGUGAAGGGUUAGGAGGGAUUUUCUGGAACCAAAGAGGAAAACGAGCGACGAAGUCCGUUCCUGGAUCCAGUUUUCAACAAGCAGGCAGCGACCAUCUUCACACCCCCGAGCAGCGGAAACCGGAGCGCCCGACUAAUGGAAAAAGAAGAGGAGCCCCUGCGCCCACUCAUUAAAGAGGAAGAACAAGCAUGCGACAUCACCAAGGUUCAAUUGACUUGCUUCAUUGUGAAAAGUGAACAAGCUGAUGGAGACCCCCGUGGAGGAGUCCAAUCAGACGGUCUCUCGGCUCCACUCGCGGAAAGUGACAACUUCGUGGCCCACUCUCGGGACACCGAUGAUGAGGGCGAUAUGACAUGUCACACGGACACCAAAUGCGUGAAAUGUUCCGAGUGUGGCAAAACCUUUUACAACAAGUCGUUGUUAAAAAUACACACAAGAAUACACACUGGAGAAAAACCUUUUCCUUGCUUAGUUUGUGGUAAAAGGUUCUCACGAAAGGAAAAUUUGAACAUCCACACAAGAACACACACGGGAGAAAAACCUUUUGUCUGUUCGGACUGUGGUAAGACAUUUUCUGUGAAGACAAGUUUAACAACGCACGCAAGAACGCACACUGGCGAGAAACCUUUUUCCUGCACUGUUUGUGGGAAAAGAUUCGCUCAAAGAUGCACUUUGACGGCGCACGCAAGGACACACACUGGGGAAAAACCUUACGCCUGUUCAGUUUGUGAUAAAAGAUUCUCCAAAAAUACAAAUUUAACAGCACACAGUAGAACGCACAGCGGUGGGAAACCUUUUGCUUGCUCAGUUUGCGGGAAAAGCUUCUCUUUAAAGACCAACUUAAUCAUGCACACAAGAACACACACUGGAGAAAAACCUUUUGCCUGUUCAGUUUGUGAUAAAAGAUUCUCGAGAGAGGGAGGUUUAAGGAUACACAAAAGAACACAUGCUGGAGAGAAACCUUAUGUGUGCUCAGUUUGUGGGAAAAGAUUCUCUCGAAAAGGGGCUGUAAGAAUACACAAAAGAACACACACUGGUGAGAAACCGUAUGUCUGCUCACUGUGCGGCUUCAGUUUUAUCAAUCCUUCAGGACUAGCUAAACACACAAAAGUACAUUCCGGAAACCGUAUUCCUGUUCGGCUUGUAGGAAAACAUUCUCUGUGAAGCCAAAUAAAUGUGCACAAGCACACACUGAAAAAUUGACCUUUCCGAUGGCGACCUCAAGCUCCGCCCCCUUAGCUACGUCCCACAAGCUUUCAAAAUGGCGAUUGAACAUAACAUGUUUGAAGUGGAUUCUCUAUCGCGUAUUCCAGAUAAUAUUGGGGUAUGUUUUUUUGCCAAAUGCGUCAGACUUGUCCAAGAGAGUUCUACAGAAAGGUUCUCAACUAUUUCACCCAAGGAUAUGUACACGGAAUUAAGAUUAUGGACGGAGCGGGACACAAUCUCAGAGUUACAGCGAAACGUUGACGAUCGGUGCAAAAAAAGUUGGACGCCUCACAAACUUCAUAUUGAAAUCCAACAGGAUCAAAUAGUGGAAGCGUACUGCGAUUGUAAAGCAGGGUGUGUACUUUUUACUUGGAAAGAUCAGGAGUAAUAUCAUUGUAGUCUUUACAAGUGAGUGGGUGGAUUCAUUUGACUUGGCUCGUAAUGGAACCCAGUCCUCGGUCUUAAAAGUCCGAUGUGAUCCUAAUAGGCAAAUAGACAUUUGUCUUGCAUGACACGGCGCAUUUACGUAUCCCUAACCCGACUCUUCGGCAUAAAAUGUGACACACUUCAUUCAGCAGGUCAGUGAUAUGCUAACAAAGUGAAAGUUGUUCUCCUGCAAUGUGUAAAGCACUGAUAAUAAUUCAAUCAAACUCCGAGAAGGUACUUCUCCCUCACUUACAGUACUUUCGAACAUACGGCUUUGUGUUUGUUGAUAUUGUCCACAUUUAGUUGUACGUCCGGUCUUCCGCAAGCUUGAAUCCAUCGUAGACUCUUGGUCAACUGGGUUUUAGGCUCUGGAAAAUGAAUCAACCGGGCCCCUUGAAACCUAGCAGCAUCUCCGUCAUCAGCAUUGCACAUUCCCCAAGCGCACCUGAGGACCAUUUUCUUCACAACAUGAACUUUUCCAAGCGCACACUAUUGACAACCAGUAUUGCUUGUGGGACAAUACGGCGAGAGGGGCGUGUCAAGACAAUGCGGCUAUCUGAUUGGCUAUUAUCGUACGAGUGAUUGACAGGUCGGAAAGGUCCAUUAUGGCAAAAUGUGGUUUUGUAAAGGGAAAAUAUUACAACAGAACAGUACAUUUGAGAAGUGUUAUCAAGCCAAAACAUUACAUAUACACAAACCCACCCUGAACCUUAUCAAUCACCGAGCAGUGGACUUAGAGAGAUGUUUUUGUGACAUUUUUUCUUUAUCUCAAUAUAAAAUAUUUGACUUGGCUCAAUAAAGGUUGGUCAACACUGAUGUAGACAGUGACUGUAUUUUUCCUUUUCACUUCCAGGGUCAUAAUUCACAAAGACGUUUUGC